AAGUCAGCUUUACACUCAUUUACCCAUUCAUACAGGGUAGAAAUGAGCAUUCUUACUGCACUCUGUCCAUUCAGGGUCAAUACAUUCGUCCGGGGCGGGCAGUACAGCGGGAGUGGGAUUCGAACCAACAACCUUCAGCCUGUGCAAGGCGACGGCUCUACCCAUCACGCCACCUGCUGCCGGACAGCGGGCUUUCGCUGCAUUAUAUUCAAGUGUGUUCCUAUCGGUGCGGCUGCGCUUCUGAAAAGCGAAGCGCGAUUUCUCUUUUUCGCCCCCGAUGCGCUCUAAGCCUGGACACGGCCGGCGGAGCCUCGGGACCUCGUGUCGCUGCCAGGGAGCCGCUGAAGCGCGGGGGGGAGGGACGUGUCCGCUGCACGAGGCGGCCGCUCGGUGGAGCGUCUCGCUGCCACAGUCCCCGGCGAGGCCGGAAAGCGCCGCCGCCGCCGCAGCCGCAGCCGCUGCGCCUCCGAGUCCCCGAGUCCGCUCGCUCGCUCACCCGCCCGCCGGCCGCCGGAGCAGGAAUGGCGUCGCUCGGCUGAAACUCGCGCACUUCGUUCCUCACCAGCUGAACUGUCGGCCGGCGCCAUGAACCUUUUACCGUCCAACCCGCACGGGAACGGCCUCCUGUACGCCGGGUUCAACCAGGACCACGGUUGCUUUGCAUGUGGAAUGGAGAAUGGAUUCCGAGUAUACAACACAGAUCCACUGAAAGAAAAAGAAAAGCAAGAAUUCCUUGAGGGUGGUGUGGGUCAUGUGGAGAUGCUGUUCCGAUGUAAUUACCUUGCACUUGUCGGAGGAGGAAAGAAACCUAAAUAUCCGCCAAAUAAAGUCAUGAUCUGGGAUGACCUGAAGAAGAAAACGGUGAUAGAAAUCGAGUUCUCCACAGAAGUGAAAGCAGUGAAGCUUCGGAGGGACAGGAUCGUCGUAGUUCUGGACUCCAUGAUCAAAGUGUUCACCUUUACCCACAACCCCCACCAACUGCAUGUGUUUGAAACCUGCUACAACCCCAAAGGCCUCUGCGUCUUGUGCCCCAACAGUAACAACUCGCUGUUGGCCUUCCCCGGCACACAUUCUGGCCACGUGCAGAUAGUGGAUCUCGCCAACACGGAGAAACCACCAGUGGACAUCCCUGCUCAUGAGGGGGCGCUCUGCUGCAUCGCUCUCAAUCUGCAGGGAACACGGAUAGCCACAGCCUCAGAAAAAGGGACCCUGAUCAGGAUAUUCGACACCUCUUCUGGACACCUGAUCCAGGAGCUGAGGAGAGGUUCGCAAGCAGCCAACAUUUACUGCAUUAACUUCAACCAGGAUGCCUCACUCAUCUGUGUGUCCAGUGACCACGGCACCGUACACAUAUUUGCUGCCGAGGAUCCUAAAAGGAACAAACAGUCCAGUUUGGCUUCUGCAAGCUUCCUUCCCAAAUACUUCAGUUCCAAGUGGAGCUUUUCCAAGUUCCAGGUCCCAUCCGGCUCCCCCUGUGUCUGUGCCUUUGGAACGGAGCCCAACGCGGUCAUAGCCAUAUGUGCUGACGGCAGCUACUACAAGUUCCUGUUCAACCAAAAAGGGGAGUGCUCCAGGGAUGUCUAUGCACAGUUUCUGGAAAUGACAGAUGAGAAGAUCUGAGCCCCACUGACACCACCCCUGUUUUGUUUUUUGUGUGUGUGCUUUUUUCUUUUCUGUUUUUUUUUUUUAUUUUUUUUAUUUUUUUUUAAGGGGCAGCUGCCUCAUUUCACACCUUUCUGCUGAAGACGGACACUAACAGCACAUCAGUCAGUGAGAGGUGGGGGUGGGUACUGUCACAGCACAGUAGUCAAACGAGACGUUGGCGGAGGGGGCAUUAGUACACUUUACCAUGUGCUCUGUGGAAUUUUUACUUCCUUGGUCAGAACUGAAAACGUUCACGUUGGUGGUCAGCUGGUGGCCGAAAGACUAUCCUGACCAAUGGCAGAGCAGCGUUGAAUCAGGUGUCCUCAGACAUUUUUCCCUUGAUGGACAAUUUUUUAUGGCUUUUCAGAGUGAUCUACACUAGCCACAUACUUUGAAGAGGUCCUGUUGUGGUAUCACACUAAAGAAUGUAUUCUAUAGUAUUUGGUCUGAUUUGUAAAAGAUAGAAUCCAUUCUCCUAGAUCAGUAGGUAUAAACUUUGUUGAGUAACACCACCUAACCAAGUGUAGGGAGUGCCUCUAUGCUUAUUUGAAGAAGAGUUACACAUAUAUACAAAAAACCUGUUAGCACUAGAAUUGAUUUUACUCACUGUAUAAAAUAAUAUGCCAUAUGGAACCUCUGUAAUUGUAGACAUGUAUAGAAGAGAAAACAUUUUAUGUUGAAGAAUGUGGUUCUUCAUUUCGUGUUACUCGCCUGUAUGUGCAAUGCUCAUAUAUUUUUUGCAUUCCUUUUUCAGCAGUGUUAUGCUGCCAACUUUCAGUGCAGCAUAAAGAGCCACCUUGUCUACAGCAUGCCACUGGUAACAAAUUAAUCUGAAGUUUCCUCACCUGACUGUGAGGAGAGAAAAAAAGGCACUAAUUUUGUCACCAAAAGCAUUAAUUCCAUAGGUUUACCAUAAUGAGAGCAUACCUUGUUAAUACUCUAACUGUACAGCGAGAAACAGGACACUUGUUUUAUUUCUAUUGCAGACUUACUGUGAUUCUUGCAGAUUAAAAAAAUGGAAGGUAAACAGAGUGGCGACCUUUGGAUUUUACGCAGCUUUAAAGCAGCAAACUGUGCAGCGGUAGGGUCUCUAGAAUGCGCUCGGCUAUUUUUGUCUAUAAUAACAGGCUCUCAGCAGGCCAGCUCCGCCGUUUCCACUUCGCCGUGUGAAUCUGGGUUUGGCCGUGCCUCCAGCAGUGCAGCUCCACGGUCCGCACGGUGCCGCUGGGUCGAGGUGUACUUACCGGUUUUGGUCACGAACCUUCUUGGACUUCAUAUUCAUCCUGGCAGUGAAGCAGUGGGGUUUGACCUGAGACUGGUCAUGUAUGACAGUUGUUUUUCUAUUGUUUACGGUUCUGUGCCAUGUAAUCAGCUGGCGACCUCCUGAAAUACCUGUAGAUCAGCGCUAAGCUUGGAGAAUAAUUAUACCUUUUUCAUACAUCUUGAUUACAGUAUGCAUCAAAAUAAUUCCAUCAUCUUGUAACACUCACAUUGUUCAGCUGUGUGUGUGUAUAUGGUAUGUCUGCCUGUUUAACCCUUUUUGUUGCAUAUUUAAUGUUUUCAUAGUAAAUCAGUGUGACCUUCUGAGAUACAGGGCCAGUUGUAAAUGUUGAGGAACAGUCAGCUUCCAGUAGGUUCACAUCAGUCGUGAAUUCUGCAAACGAGGGCAAAAUUAGGAAUGUUGCUGUGACAUUGUACAAUUUUGAUGCUUUGUUAAAAUUAAAAUCUGUUUGUUAAUCCAGUUUUUAUAUCCAUGUUAUCUGGCUUGCUGGAGGCAGUGUUCUGUUUGACAAAUUGUAUUUUUCACUCGUGCCAUUAUCAUCUAAACUUUGAAUGAGGGCCAGCUGUUUAAGAGUAACUUUCAGACCAGUUCAGUCUGCAGUCUAGUUUACGUUGUCAUCGGUACAUCUGUACAAUGUCCAUUAUUUUGACCUCACUUGAUGCGCAGUCAAGGUUUUUCCUCAAUUGAUAAGAUUUGCAUUUCUUGUAAGAUGGUUUGUGGCCCAGGAGUGACCUCAGUAAGGUAACAAAGUUUAAUUGUUUCAAUAAAAUUUGAAUUUUUGUUGGUU